CUCCGGAGCAGCAGCGGGACCUGCUGGAGCAGCCUCAGGUAGCCUUGGAGACUGAGAAACCACCCGAAUCCUGAUCCUGGGGAGAGAAAAUCCAUGGGGACUGGAAUGAGCAAGAUUGUCACCGGCCUCUACCUGGGGAAUAUUCAUGACUCUGAGGACCAUGAGAACCUGCUGAGCAAGGGGGUGACCCACAUCCUGUCCGUGCACAACCGCGCCAAGCCCGUGCUGGAGGACAUGACCUAUCUGUGUAUCUCGGCCUCGGAUUCAUCCAGUCAAAACCUCGCCGAGCCCAGCACUCCAGGGCAGGGUGAAGAACAAACACCCUUCUCCAUGGGCCAGGAGGAGCUUCUGGAGAGUUCCCAGAGGGAGAGCAGCUCCCUUGGCAAUGGGAAUGACUGCGGGAGGUCAAGCCUUGCUCGGCCGCCCAGCCUGGCCGGGGUGUCCCGCAGCAGCACGGUGCUGGUGGCAUACCUGAUGACAGUGACAGAGCUGGGCUGGCAGAGCUGCCUGGCUGCCACCAGGGCCGUGCGUUCCUACGCCAGCCCCAACCCCGGCUUCCAGCAGCAGCUGCAGGAGUACGAGAGCACCCUGCUCCACGAGUACCGCGCUUGGAUCCGCCGGGAAUACGGCAGGAACCCCUUCCAGGACCAGGAGGAGCUGCAGCGCCUGCUGGAGCAGCAGCAGGGCAGCAGGGAUUGCUCCUGGCCCCGCUCCCCGGCUCCCUCCUUGUCCCCUCCCUGCCACACCGCUGGCACCGCCGCUGGCAGCAGAUGCACGAGCAGAUAAGCAGCCAGGCUGUCCCCGGGCUUGGAAAACUCAGUUUUCCCUUUGCCAAGCACCUCCAGGGAUUCGUGGCUAGGGCACAAAGCUGCCAGCACCAGCCUGGGCUCCAGGGGGGACAGGAGCCACAGAUCCCCGUGGCAGCUGCCAGCUCCAGGGAAAGGGUGACAGUGCCCUGCUCUGUCCCAUGCCCCAUUCCCAAUGGAUUACAGCCCCCUCUCCACCCUCAGAGCAGCAGCCAGCCCCGUCCCUCUCUCCUCAUGACAAUAUCUGGGCUGGCAGGGCAUGGGAAAGGUGGUGCAGGCCUUGGGAAUGAAUCCAAGGUGGGCGGAGAUGGAGAGGGGCCACCUUGUCCUCUGCUUCCCUGAGGAAGGAGGGGUGAAUCCUGGGAUGUGGGGAUGCUCUGAGCCUCAGCUGGCAGCCAGUGGGGUGGGGAGGGGGGCUGGAGGUGUUUUGGGGCUGCCCCUCGCUGUGCAUGUCCCUGGCAGGUGAAUAUCAGCCCCAGGGAUAAGGGGAAAGGUAAACCCAAAUUUACCUUUUAUCUGGAGUUUUCCUUAUCCCAGCUCCAGGGAUAAUGGGAAAAGUAAACCCAGAUUUACCUUUUAUCUGGUAUUUUCCUUAUCCCAGCCCCAGGGAGGGGGGAAAUCCAGCAGUGCCUGUCCCACUGCCUCCAUCCCUGGAGCCAGAGUGGGUUUGGGAUUUCCCUGAGCCCCAUCCGAAUGUCCCUGCUUGCCAAAGAAACCAAAAGCUUGGUUGGAUUCACUCAACCCAUGGACCAAUUUAACUCUGUCCUUCUCCAAAAGCCUUUUUAAUUCCUAAACCCCGUGGCCGUGUCCAGUUUUUCAUCCCAAGCUCGGAUUGUGCUUUUCCAGAGCUUUCUUUGGCAGGAAUCCCCCUUACAAGGGGGGUCCCAUCCCAUGGAUUCAGCCCUUCCACAUGGAAACCUUCAACCCUUCCGUGCCAUCUCGGCCUUUUACUAUAAUUACCCUGUUUGUCCACUCAAAAAAUGUCUGUUCUGCAAUUCCUUCUAAGAAAAAAUGGGAUUCAAAACAUUUCUAGGAAUUCUCUUGAUGAAGAUUUUUGGGUACUCAUCAUGUGACAGCACCAGGGGUGACUCACCCAGCUCCUAAUAAAGAAAAAAGUGAUUAAAUCCUGAGGGUGGCUGGACUUGAUUUGUGGUGUUCCUGGUGGGAAUACAGAGAUGGACUGAAAUGACCACCCUGCUUCCCAUUUUCCUGGUGAGAACCACCAGCAA